UGAAGAACUCUGACUCUGAAGAACUUGAGCUUUGGGGGUGGGGGAGCAGGCUGGGAUGAAGAGGGUAGGCAGGGCACUUCCAGCUGCUCCAAAUCACCCCCUCUCUUUCACAGGUGCACCCCUCCUAGGCCUGCCCCAGCAUGGCACUGUCUCCCAGCCCCCUGGCCAUGGAGUAUGUCAAUGAUUUUGACUUGAUGAAGUUUGAAGUAAAGCGGGAACCGUGUGAGGGGCGGUUCGGACCCCCCACAGCCUCACUGGGCUCCACACCCUACAGCUCCGUGCCACCUUCACCCACUUUCAGUGACCCAGGCAUGGUGGGGGCUAGUGAGGGCCCCCGGCCAGGCCUGGAGGAGUUGUACUGGCUGGCAACUUUGCAGCAGCAGCUGGGAGCUGGGGAGGUGCUGGGGCUGAGCCCAGAGGAGGCCGUGGAGUUGCUGCAGGAUCAGAGCCCCGUGCCUGUUGAGGGGCCCCAUGACUACUAUCCAGGCAGCCCUGAAGAGACAGGAGGCCAGCAUGUCCAGCUGGCUGAACGGUUUUCCGACGCCGCGCUGGUGUCGAUGUCGGUGCGGGAGCUGAACCGGCAGCUGCGGGGCUGCGGGCGCGACGAGGCGCUGCGGCUGAAGCAGAGGCGCCGCACGCUGAAGAACCGCGGCUACGCGCAGGCCUGCCGCUCCAAGCGGCUGCAGCAGCGGCGCGGCCUGGAGGCCGAGCGCGCCCGCCUGGCUUCCCAGCUGGACGCGCUGCGGGCCGAGGUGGCGCGCCUGGCCCGGGAGCGCGACCUCUACAAGGCGCGCUGUGACCGGCUGGCCUCGGGCGGCCCCGGGGCGAGCGAGCACGGCCACUUCUUCCUGGGGGUGGUCGAGUAGGAGGGCAGCCCGGGGCGCCUCCCAGCCCCUUCCUAGCACCACGCAACCCCCACCAACACGCAUUUCCUGGCCUCUCAAGGCGUGCUUCGAGAUUAGAUGUUGCUCAUUUUCCGGGAGACGGGGCUCACCCACUCAUGCAGAAGGUGUUGGGAAAUCCAUUACCUCCUGCCCCAACCUACUGACAUCUAAAGCCAGGCACUGUGUGUAGUGGGGGGUGGGGGGUGGACUGGGUCAUGGAGGGGUGAUGCAAUGAAUGGCAGGUGGAGGAAUGGUGGGGCUCCCCCACCCCUCAGUUUAGUAUUUAAUUCAAGGUUUUGAAGCAGUACAUAGGGUGGUAAUUAGCAAUGAGGCUGCAUUUUUGUUUCGGGGCUGGGAACCUUCCCGCUUGGAGAAUAAUACAUUUUUCAAGAUUUCAGCUUCCACUAGCAAGACAGACUAGGAAUGUUAGCCAAGAGGCUUUCUUCCUACCCAGCCUAGUGGUCUCCAGGGCUUAGAGCAGCACAGUCCAAGGAGGCAAAGGGUGGUGAUGGUUGGGGUGGGCCUGGAGAAGCGCGGGAAGGAGUCUGGAGACCCGGGCACUAGUUGCUGUGUUGCAGGAUCCCUUUGUCACCUUGAGCAAAUCAUUAGCUCCUUGAGAUUCAGUCACCUGCUCAAAUCCUCAUACAAUCCUCAUCAUGGAAGGCCCUCUGACACCUUUCCAGUUUUCUGUUAUCUUCUUAGUGUGGGAGCUUUGGUAAUUUCCCCCUGAAGCCCUCAGGGCAGCCUCACAUGCAAGGGCUUCCUGCAAGCAGCCUGGACACGGCCCUCAGCUGCCCACCUAGGCUGCCUCAACCUCCUGACUGGAAGAGGAUGCUCUUGACACCUUCUGUGGCUCUGAGAGCCAAGGGGUGACUUGCCCUAGCAUGCUGAGCUUUUGUGAAUUAA